AUGUCUUCCCCAUUUGAUCAAAUCCAAGAAGAAGAUCUAAGAAGAGUGGAGCAAAUCAAACCAUCUUACUCUUCUCCUCACAAUGGCAGCCUCUUCUCUCCUGACAUCAUUCUUGUUGCUCAAAAGAUGGUUGCAGAAGCAAUAGGGACCUUUUUUAUAGUUUUUGCAGGAUGUGGAUCUGUGAUAUUAAACAAAAAGGAUGGAACCAUCACAUUUCCAGGCAUUUGUAUAAUCUGGGGAUCAAUUGUAAUGGUCAUGGUUUACUCUUUGGGACAUGUUUCUGGUGGUCAUUUUAAUCCUGCAGUAACUACAGCUUUCACUCUUCUCAAGAGAUUUCCUUUCAAAGAGUUGCCAUUCUAUGUAUGUGCACAAAUGAUAGGAUCUAUAUUGGCAAGUGGAGUGCUGUUCUUGUUAUUAGAUCCAAAGCCAAUACAAUUCUUUGGAACUGUUCCUGCUGGGACAGCAAUGCAAUCAUUUUGCAUGGAGUUUAUAAUCACUUUUCUCUUGAUGUUCAAUGUCUGCAGUGUGGGAACUGAUGACAGAGCAAUUGGAGAACUAGGUGGAAUUGUUGUUGGAUCAACAAUAUUACUGAAUGUCUUUGUUGGAGGGCCAAUAUCAGGAGCAUCAAUGAAUCCUGCAAGGAGUAUUGGACCAGCUAUUAUAAUGCAUAAUUUUAAGGACAUUUGGGUGUAUAUUGUAGGACCAGUGAUUGGGGCAGUGGCCGGAGGUUUUGUUUAUAAUUUUCUUAGAUUUGUUGAAGAACCACCAAAAGAGACCAUUAAGAAUGACUCUUUUUUUAAUGGUAACACAUCUAGGAAUGAUAUUUGCUAG